AUGUCUGAUUCCAAAAAAACUGAGAAACCCAGUAAGACUCCAACACUUCCAACCACAAAUGAUAUAGCUAGCCGUUCUACAUCUAGUUUGAAUAACAUUACUACCAUAACUACCUCCCCUCUGAAUCCAAAUACAUUAAGGACAACAACGUCGAUGACACGUUUAAGAUCAUAUUCCAAUACUCCUUUACCAACAUCUAGAAAAUCAAGCAUACCUAAUGAUCUUCAACGAAAAGCAUCCGGAAAUCCUCUACAACUACACCCUAAAGAUCCAUUGUAUAUUGCCAGUAUGGAAAGUGGAGCCAAAAGUCGAUCUUAUUCAAAUACCUCGAAUGCUGCAGAUUUUAAGAAUGCCGCUCAAUCAUCGUCUAACGAUCCUAGUAGAAGAGGUUCUAUUACAAACAAUGUUCAUGAGUUAGACAGUACAACUAUUAUGAAUUUACCAAAGCUUUCAUUACAGAAACAAAAUCAAGGAUCAAGUAUAGAGCUUCAAAAAUCUGACACUAAUGAUUACAAUAUAUCUCCUGAUUCAAUGUCUGCGAUUUCUAUGACGCCAGAGAGAAGAUCUGUUGCUACAACUUUCUAUAAUUCUCCAGUAAAUUCUUCAAAGACAAGUACAUCCUCAUUUCAGGAUGGUGCUUCGACAUUACACAUGGACCACAGUCCGGAUGAUACUUAUGGAUCAAAUAGUAAUAUUAUUUCUAGACCAAUCUUAUCCAAUGGUAAAAUGUUAAGUAGCCAAAGACUUUUUGAAAGACAAUAUAUUUUAAAUGAGAAAAAAUAUCUAGAAGGUAUGAAAAAAUUAAUUACUGAUGAUGACUACUACACCAGAACGAUAAACUUUCCACCAAUCGAACUUGAUGAUGAAGAAAAUGACAUUGAAAACGACUCUCAAAGAGGAAAUGACGAAAUUAAUGAAAUAAUGGAUACUAGUAAUGACAGUAUUGUAAAUACAAAGGAUUAUAACAUAUUAGAAAAUGACAAGAAAAAUAAAUUUACUGAAAACAUUCGAACGGAGAAAGAUAUUAAUAUGAGAAUAUUUCAUGGUACGAAUUCUAGUUCAAUAAGUCCCAAUUAUUUGUUGCAUAAAUUGAAAUGGCUAACCGAAGUAUAUCCAGAAAAUACUUUUGUCAAAGAUAUUCUCAAAGGUGUACAAAAUGCAUCAAGCCCAGAUAAUGUACCUCUUGUAAAUGAAAAUAAUAUUUCUGAAACAAUUCAGAAAUUAUUCCAACAAUCAAACAUCGCCGAAAGAUUUGAAUGGCUUACAAUGUUAACUAAUGUCUUGAAAGGUGAUAUUGUCAGAAGUGAGAAGACAAAACUAGCUAAAGAGAAAAAUGGUGUUAACACAAAUUAUCAAUACGCAGAUAAUAUUUGGUUAGAACUUCGUGCAUGGAUGAAUGGUCGUACAAAAGAUGAACAAGAGCGUUCACUCAAGGUACUAAGAGAUAAUUCAGAUGUGUUUUUCGAAGAAAUAUUGACCUUCCAAGUAGCAGAGGGGGUGACAAGGGCAGAGUCCGAAAUAAUUGUGGAUGGAAUAUUGAAAAAAUACUAUAAAAUUAUCAACUUUUGGCCAAACAUAAGGAAACUAAAUAUCGAUAAACCAAUUACCAACACAAUUGCAUUUAAUCAAAGAGUCGAUGCCCUAAUCAGCUGGCAGAAUGCUAUUUGGAACUAUAAAAGCAAGAAGAAAUUACUGGAGGACUGGAUAGGUAUACCCGAUCUAGCAAAAUUAUUUGAUGAUGAGCUUACAGCUAAAAGGGCUCUUUUUACAGAACAAUUAAUUAAAGAAAGGGAUAUUGAAAGUAUAUUUCAAAAGAAGAUUUUUUUUCCAUUGGCCCCUGGUAUUCUGAAGGCAAAGAUAUUUUAUAUGAAUAACAAAGAACUAAUUGAUGAGAUGAAACUACUCUAUUCAAAUGAAGAAUUAUCUUGCUUAUUAUUAUUCCCAAUAAAAUUAAUUAAAGGGAUUAUUAUAUUACGAAUAGAAUAUGCAAAGAAACUUCAAAAUCCUACAAUGAUGAUGGUCGACCAAAUGGUUGACGAUUUCACGGCAUACAUAAGAUUAGCAGUACAACUAAAGGCUACAUUGAUGGAUUAUUACUACGAUUGGCCAUUUGAGGUUAAAUUUGACGAAGGGUUUGACAAAACAGUAGUGGACGCUAUACAUUAUCUGUUCGUUUUGGUGCAACUUAAAAUCCUUGAUAAUUCUGAUAAAAUAUACAAAUCAUUCAGGGAACCGGAAGUACUACUAAAGUACUGGGAAGAGUUAAAAAACAUAGGCCCAUAUAUAGAUGGCUCUGCUGUUGUGAUUGCAAAUGGCUUCGCGAAACUUACGUUGCGGUUAUUACAGAGAUUGAACUCUUAUCUAAAUUUCCAAGAAGAUGGCCCUCUUAACACAGAAAUGAGCGGUGAUACUGAGAAAUGGCUUUCACAUACUUUAGAUAGUCUUGGUUCAAUGAAGAGAAAACUUAAUAGAUUUACGAAUUUGAUUACAAAGGCCUUCGAAAAUUCUGUUUCAUUCAAGAUCGAUGAUUAUGAGAAGUUAUUGACAACAUUAGAGAAUACAGGUCACUUUCUAAUAUAUACUGGUGGUGAACUUGAAGAGAAUGGUGUUUAUUUAAUUGGGAGUAGUGAAUUACUAGGUAUUGAGGAUGAGGAUUUAAUGAAAAUUCUUAAAAGUUCUGAUAUAGGUAGUGACCUGAUUCCAAAGUUGAAUAUUGAAAACAGUUUGUCCAUUUACAAUGCAUUGCAAGUACAAAGAGAUCCCGAUAUCCCAUUAAGUAAAGACAUCGACGACGAUGGCGUACCACGCCAUAAUAUUGGGGAAUUUUCAGAUAUUCUUUCCAAUUAUCAAGAAGCUUCACGGACACACAUGAAAACUCAUAACAUCAAUAAGAUUAACAAAAGAAUCAAUAAAAAUUACUCAACUUCGAAGAGAAACAAAACUCUUCCUUUGAACAGUUCCCCUGUAGAGGAUGCCGAACGAGAGUUAUUUGAGCUGGAAAUUAGGUUACAUACGCUCGGUUAUGUAUUGGUCCUGGUUCCAGAUCGCCCAGUUCUUUGGAAAGGUGAAUCAUACAAUUUAUCAAGUACAACCGCUAUAAGAUAUGAAGAUUUUGUAUACAACCACCAUGAAAUGAACUCAAUAACAUUAAUUAACCAAGGUUCUUGUUAUGCAUUAGAAUACCAAUGCGAUAGAUUUAGACAAGCCACCGAUGAUUGUGUUUCAUUCUUGAAUAGAAAAUGCAUGGUAGAGAAUGUUGAUGUUACUCUAUCAAAAAUAAACAAAAUGCAUUAUAGUUGUACAUACAACAGUUUGGUGACUUAUCCAUAUCUUAUUAAUAAGUUUAAACCUAUUUGUAAUACAAAGGAUCUUUUAAAUGGUGUGUUUCUCUUUGUCAGAGACUUUUGUAAUGGUGUACUUUCAAAUACAACAUACGGUAGUGAAAAGAAAUCUUUGAUUGUACUUUUGAUGGUAAAGUUAAGUUUAAACUGGCUUACAUAUUUAGUUGAAGAUUGUGACCCUACCGACCCAAAGACAUUUAGAUGGUGUGUGACUGCCAUGGAAUUUACGUUACAAAUGAUUAGUGGUCUGAAUAUUUUAACAUUGGACGAGUCACAAUUCAAAUGCCUAAAGCAAAGAAUAUCUGCUUGUAUGUCCCUGAUGAUAUCUCAUUUCGAUGUCAUGGGUGCUAGAGCUAACGAAGUAGAAAAUAUUCACCAACAAACCAGAGCCAACAUUGAAAUUGUGGACGAUUUUGAUGUCGACGCUAUGCUGGAAGUGAAUUCUGAAUUAAGAUUAAAAUCUAUCCUAGAACUAGAAAAGACUAUUGUUGUAAACCCCCAUCAACGAGGUAAAGUCCUUGAUGAUAAGGUGAAGACUGAUAAGUAUUUGACUUCGUUAGCUUCAUCCAUCUCAAAUGUAUCGAUCAGAUGGCAGAAACGUAAGUUCAUUGGAGGUGGGACCUUUGGUGCUGUCUUCUCUGCAGUUAAUCUUGACAAUGGUGAUAUUUUAGCAGUAAAAGAAAUUAAGAUCCAAGAUAGCAAAACAAUGGAAAAGAUCUUCCCUUCGAUUAAGGAAGAAAUGAGUGUCCUUGAAAUGAUGAACCACCCUAAUAUUAUUCAAUAUUAUGGUGUUGAAGUGCACAGAGAUAAAGUUAAUAUUUUUAUGGAAUACUGUGAAGGUGGUUCUCUUGCUACACUACUGGAACAUGGUAGAAUUGAGGACGAAAUGGUUACCCAAGUUUAUACUUUAGAACUACUAGAAGGUCUUGCAUAUCUUCAUGAAUCAGGAAUUGUUCACAGAGAUAUUAAACCAGAGAAUAUCUUAUUAGAUUUCAAUGGUAUUAUCAAAUAUGUUGAUUUUGGUGCUGCGAGAAAAAUUAUAAGAAAUGGUACUAUUAGGAAAACAACAACCCCAGUUGUUGAAUCUAAGGAUCCUGACGAAACCAGUGCCAAUAGCUCUGAUCCCUUAUCCAAAUACAAAAAUGCGGAAGAUAACAUGCAAAAUAUGAUAGGUACACCUAUGUAUAUGGCACCAGAGUCCAUAACUGGAUCGAAAAAUCAUGGUAGACUAGGUGCAGAUGAUAUAUGGUCCUUAGGAUGUGUUGUACUUGAAAUGAUAACUGGUAGACGACCAUGGGCCACUUUAGAUAACGAGUGGGCUAUUAUGUACCACGUAGCGGCAGGUCAAAUUCCACCAUUCCCUUCCACUGAUGAAGUAUCGGAUGCUGGUAUGGAAUUUUUGAAGAGAUGUUUGGUUCAAGAUCCAAAUAAAAGAUCUACCGCCGUUGAGUUACUAAUGGAUCCUUGGAUCGUCCAAAUUAGAAAUAUCGCAUUCGGUAACGGUGAUCAUAAUAUAAAUCAAGAUGACAAUAAUUAG